AUGGCUUUUUUCGCUCACAUUUCCCACUUUACUUUCAUUUUCCAAAAUGCCUGGAUAACAUUAUUUUUCUUACUACUCUCCUAUGUUUUUACGCUCUCCGUUUAUCGUCUAUAUUUCCAUCCACUGGCCAAGUUCCCGGGGCCGAAACUCGCAGCACUGACCCUGUGGUAUGAAUAUUACUACGACGGCAUUAAAACUGGACAAUACACCUUCGAGAUCGAGCGCAUGCAUCAGAAAUAUGGGCCAAUUGUUCGCAUCAGCCCUUACGAGCUCCAUGUUAACGAUCCAAAGUUUCUUGAUGUUCUCUAUACGGGCCCUGGAGCUCGUAGGGAUAAAUAUGAGUACUAUUCAGGUCAAUUUGGCCAACCCAAUAGCGCUUUUGGCACCUCGAAACACGAUCUACACCGUGUUCGUCGCUCGGCUCUUAAUCAAUUUUUCUCCAAGUUCUCGAUUAGACAACUAGAACCUACCCUUUCCCAGAAAAUUUUAUUCUUCUGCGACUUGUUGGACAAACAUACAGACUCUGGCAAACCCGUCAAUUUAUCGAAUGCUUAUAGCUGCAUAACUAGUGAUGUAGCGAUUGAUUAUGCUUUUGGGCGUGGCCCAAACUUCGUUUCGUUCGAGAAUCCAGACUUUGAAAGAACUUUUCGACCAGCAAUACUAAGUAUCACUAAAAUGGGCGUACAUUUCAAGCACUUCGGUUGGGCUCGAUCUGCCCUGGAGUUUAUUCCAGUGCCAUUACUUGCACGGUUUCACCAGGGGAUGGCAGAGUUCAUGAAAUUUCAAAAAGAUAUUGCAAUUCAAGUUCGACAUAUCCUAGACGGCAGCAAUAAAGGGCAUGAACAAGGCGGUAAGACGAUAUUUCAUGCUCUUCUUACCAGUCGCCUCCCACCAGAAGAGAAGACACAGGAUCGACUGUUUCAAGAGGGUAUAGUCAUCGUGGGUGCCGGAACUGAAACUACAGCAUGGGCAUUAUCCGUUGGAACCUUUUACCUUUUAAGCAAUCCGGAGGUCCUGGCCAAACUUCGUCAAGAGCUUGAGGACGCCAUUCCAGACCCAGCCAAACUUCCUUCUUUGGCCGUUUUGGAGAACCUUCCCGCAGUGGUUAUGGAAUCAUUGCGUUUAUCAUACGGUGUUUCGACCCGCUCACAGAGAAUCUCGCCGGACCAGCCGCUGAUAUUUAAAUCAAGCCUAGAACCCAGUAGCAAGGCAGGGUGUGUCGAAUAUGAGAUUCCAGCUGGUACGCCAGUAGGCAUGACAUGUUACUUAAUCCACAAUAAUACGGACAUCUUCCCUGAACCAAAAAGAUUCAUUCCCGAGAGGUGGCUUGAUCAUGAGGGCAAACGCCAUCGGCAUCUAGAUCCGUUUAUCAUGGCAUUCUCGAAAGGAACACGGCAAUGCUUGGGCAUUAACCUUGCAUAUGCAGAGAUGUACAUGUCACUUGCCGCUGUUAUGCGGGUAUUUGGUGGUCGUUUUCAACUAUUUAAGACUACAUUAAAAGACGUGGAGAUGAAGGCCGAUUUAUUUGUUCCGGCUCCGCAAGGCGAAAGUAGGGGUGUCCAGGUUUUGGUGCGAGCGGAUUGA